UCUCUUCCCUCAUCCCAUCCCCCAGCGUUCGUGGUUCCUGGCUCUGUUUGUUUAAAUACCGUAUGAGAAGAGUGCGCCCCGUUCAGAGUCUGUCUUAUGACCAUGUUUUGCCUGACUCCAGUCUUGGUAGCAGUUGUCUGCAUUUUGAUUGCCUGGAUUUUUAAAAAUGCUGAUGGAAACAUCCAGAGAAGGAAAGAGGAGACGAGAGCCAGGGCCGAGGCUCGUCCCUGGGUGGAUGAGGACCUAAAAGACAGCUCUGACCUCCACCCCGCGGAAGCAGAUGCUGAUGACUGGCAAGACUCAGAGGAAAAUGUUGAACAUAUUCCACUCUCCCACACCCGGUAUCCUGAAAAGGAAAUGGUUAAGCGAUCCCAGGAAUUUUAUGAACUUCUCAAUAAAAGACGGUCUGUCAGAUUCAUAAGUAAUGAGCAAGUCCCCAUGGAAGUCAUUGAUAAUGUCAUCAAAGCAGCAGGAACUGCCCCAAGUGGGGCCCACACGGAGCCCUGGACCUUUGUGGUUGUGAAGGACAUGGACAUGAAGCACAAGAUUCGGGAGAUCAUUGAGGAGGAGGAGGAAGUAAACUACUUGAAAAGGAUGGGACGCCAAUGGGUUACAGAUCUGAAGAAGCUGAGAACCAAUUGGAUUAAGGAGUACUUGGACACAGCUCCCAUUCUGAUUCUGAUUUUCAAACAAGUACAUGGUUUUGCUGCAAAUGGCAAAAGAAAGGUCCACUACUACAAUGAGAUCAGUGUUUCCAUUGCUUGCGGCAUCCUCCUGGCCGCUCUGCAGAAUGCAGGCCUGGUGACUGUCACUACCACUCCUCUCAACUGUGGCCCCCGGCUGAAGGCGCUCCUGGGUCGCCCCACAAACGAAAAGCUGCUGAUGCUGCUCCCUGUGGGGUACCCCAGCAAAGAGGCCACAGUGCCCAACCUCACACGAAAACCUCUGGAUCAGAUCAUGGUGACCUUGUAGGCAGGAGUCCAUCAGGAAUGCUGACAGACGAUGGCCUCGUCCACUCUGGUCCCUCUUGGGUGUGCAGGUUGCUUUUUCCAUGGGUGUUAGGUCUCCCCAGCGCGCCACUCCACUCAAGAAACUUUCCACGUCAUCAGGCCCUUGGAGUCUGAGAAGCCCUGCUCCCCAUAGUGUGAUUAGGUGAACGUAAACAGUAAGAGGGCACUGGGUACUUCCAUGUCUCAUCCACUCUGGAAAUGCAUUAACCUUUUACAGAGAACAGGCCCUGAUUUUUAAGUUUUUAAAAUCGUUCCAGAAAAGUCACUGGUGAUUUUUUUCUCUUAC